UACAUAACAUUAUAUUAAUGUACGUCGUAAAACAAGUUUAUUAGAUGUGUAGAAAAAUUUGCCGCUACGUAUUCCUAUGGCUUUAUGACACAACUAUUAUCAAGCAUGGCUGCUAUUUGCGUAGUAAUGGUACAAGUUUCGCAAGACGCAUCUAGUUUUAAAUCAAUUCGUUUGGUUACUUCUUUGGCUUUCUUCGCGGCGAUGAUCAUACAGCUGGCAAUACAAUGUUUCACUGCUAACGAGCUGACUUAUCAAGCUGGUCGAGUGUCAGAAGCAAUAAUGCACUGUAAAUGGGAGCGCAUGUCGUCGCGCCUCCGUCGAAUGCUUGUUAUUGCCAUGGUGAGGACGCAACGCCCGCUCCGCUUAACUGCAGCCGGCUUCGCUAAUAUGGACAACAAUUGCUUUCUAGCUAUCAUGAAAGCUGCAUAUUCAUAUUACGCUUUUCUAAGCCAAAAACAAGUUUAAGCAAACACAUUCAUGCAAUUAAAAUAAAACAACAUAGGUAUCAUUCGAAUAUUUCUUAAACACCAUAAUUAAAAUACAAAAACAUGGGCACAGAUAUCCUAAUGUAGAAAUUAAACUAUCACAGAUGGUUUUAUUUUAGAAAAACCAAAAAACAUUGUAAAAGUAGAAAAUAAAUAAAACUUGUAGCUAAAUAUAAAUAGUUUCUUAUUUCAACGAAUAUAAUAAUAUUAUUAAUUAUGCCUAGGUUAUCGUUUAACACUAAGGUUUAACACAAUAAACAAACGAUUUAGUGCAGUGUUAAUUGUUAUUAUAACCAGCAUUAUGCAAUCUACAAUAAUUAUGACUUUAUGAGUAUUUUUUUUCAUACUUGUAUAAAUCUUUAUUUGUACCAAUAAUUAUCUAAAAGUCAUAAAAUAAGCUAAAGUUCCAAAAGGGAUGGCUUGGGCGUAACGGAACGUGAUUUACUUGGAGUUUUUACGUUUAUGACGGUCAUCUCCUCGCACCUGUAAAGUUUCAAAAAGUUUAUAAAUAAUCACGAUAUUUUUUUUAAUAUUAUAUAUGUAAUAUUUUAAUAGAAAGACUACGAGCACAUACUUUAUAACAUCGUAUGCACAUUCAAAUUCAUAGAUAAAAAAUAAUAUACGUCUUGUCUAACUUUAAAUUAUUAUAAUAACUUAUAUCUUGCAACUUCACAAAUUCUAUUUAUGUAACCGGUAACUUAUGAUUCUAUUUUUAAAUAUGUAUUAUCUAUUUUUAAAUAUAAUUU